AUGGAGCCAGCGGAGGUCCUCGGCAGCGCGGCAGAGACGACCAGCACCACGCCCGCGCAGACGGCGGUUUCUUCGGCCCGUCCGGAGCGCAGCGAGAACUUCAUUUUGGUCUCGCUGGAGCGGACGCCGCGUCUCUAUUCCCGCAUUGCCAAACGUGUUUUGAUGGGAAGAGAAGGCAAAGAGGCAUUUGACGAGUUUUCGGUUUCAGGCAAGCUCGGGGCUGGGGAUGGCGACGAAGGUGGCGAUUGGAACUGCCGCGCUGCUGCAGGAGGAGGGCUGCGUGACUAUUGA